UUCUAACAGUCAUUAUGAAGUCUCGCCUCCCUCCUGCGCCGGAAGAAAUAAGGAUUUCUGCUGCAUCCUAAAAUACUAAAACAGCUUCUAUUUCGGGGCCGAGUCUUGCAGGAAUAUCCGCUGAUUUAAGGCGAAUCAGGGCGCAUCAAUAACAGGAUGAGUGCGGCCAGUGCACGCUCAGGGUUACACGUCAGUUUCAUUCGGUUAAUUAUUACGUUUUAUUUAAAUGUUAUAACUUUGUGUGCGUCCUUUUUUAAAUUUUGCAGGAUUUAGCUGUUGAAAACUGACAGAUUUUAACACUGCUUUAAAAAAAUGAUCCAAUCUAAUGAAUGUACUUGUAGAAAAUAAUUUGUUUUAAGUGAUAUAAUAUAAAUUGUAAUGAGAGUUCAUCCGUUUAGUGGCGAUUCAUUGCGCGUAAAAAUAGGAGUUUCUCUGUAAGUGAUCAAUCCAUCAUCUCAGGAUCAAAAUUGCCUCGAAGUGUUCGCGGUCGUGCGUGUGUCUCUGUGUGUGUUGUGUGUGUGUGUGUGUGUAUACGUGUGUGUGUGUGUGUGUGUGUGUGUGUGUGUGUGUGUGUGUGUGUGUCGGGGUCACACAUCACCCAAACUCGCAGGGGUAAUGAUGUGAGCGAGCCCAGAACAUCCAUUGGUUCAGACAGCAACCAAUCAGUGUCAGCGGAGGAACUUCAGAGCGCAGCAGCAGGGUCAGGAUCUCAGAAUUGGGAGAGCGAUUUUGGCACUUACGCAAAGAGGACGUCCAUCUCUCCUGCUCGACACGCCACCCCUGGGUUUUUUUAUACAUGCAUGCGCUUUUAUUCUCUCCUCCGACAAACAAGAAGACCCGUUAAAGAGUUCGGGAUGUACACGGCCGGGCUCAACCCGUUCUACGCGUCAAACUUCAGCCUCUGGUCCGCGUACUGCGCGGGGGGCUUCGCUGUGGAUACGAUCAAGAAGCCGUCGUUUUGCAUCGCAGACAUCUUGCAGGCUGGAGAUGCGGAGAACAUCCCGGGAUCGUCGGCCCUCGUGGUGCACAUGGGACACCACCACCACCACCACCGUGCGCAGCAGGGACACUCCGGCGGCUCUCCGCUGCGUCCCUCCCCGGUGGCGCCGGAGCCGUACGGCGCGCGGAUGAGUCCGGCGUCUCCGUACCACAGACACGGACUACAGUUGACCUCAGUGUCCAGAACUGCAUAUACCUCCCAGCAAGUUCCGCCGCCUUCCAGCAAAGACCUCAAAUUCGGAAUUGAUCGGAUAUUGUCGACGGACUUUGACCCAAAAGGAAAAGAAAAGUUGUCGCUAAGAGAUCUCACGUCCAUCGUUAGCUUGAACCGUCAGUCAGGGAUCCACAUCCCCGUUCAGCCUCCGGCCAGCCAGUACUUCUCCUCCAUAGACCCCGGGAUGAGCGACGCGUCCUCCAUGAUGAGUUCACUAGGCAGCAGCAGCAGCAGCAGACACUCAGGCCAGCAUCAGUUUCAGGACACCUUCCCAGGUCCCUACGCCGUCCUCACGAAAGACACAAUGCCACAGACGUACAAGAGGAAGAGGUCGUGGUCGAGGGCCGUGUUCUCGAACCUGCAGAGGAAAGGACUGGAGAAGAGGUUUGAGAUUCAGAAGUACGUCACCAAGCCGGACAGAAAGCAGCUGGCUGCGAUGCUCGGCCUCACGGACGCUCAGGUGAAGGUGUGGUUCCAGAACAGGCGGAUGAAGUGGAGACACUCCAAAGAGGCCCAGGCGCAGAAGGACAAGGAGAAGGACGAGAAGCCGGAGAAGGGCGCGUCGGAGCCGGGCAGCAGGGAGCCCAAAGAGCCGGAGGAGUCCGAGUGUGAGAGCGGCGAGGGCCGGAGCGAGUGCGACUCGGACGAGGCCCCGGAGGAGGAGAACUCCGACGGACACUUGGACGCUUCCGAGCUCCAUAAAACCAGCGUGAUCAUCAGCGGGGGCGCGCCGGCCUGCAGCGCACCGGCGGCGGCCACGGCCACAGACACAGCGGCCUCCUCUCAGGUGCUAAUAUGAAGCCCGGAGGUUUUUAAAGCGAUGGACAAAGACAUAAAGGGUUUUGAUUAUUAUUAUUAUUAUUAUUAUUAUUAUUAUUGCGACAGAAGAACGUCAGUGAUGAUAAAACACAUGAGGAGUCAGCGCCAUAAACAAACACACCCAGGCCUGUGCGUUUAAAUCUUGUGAACCAGAGGAGUCAACCUGUAUCGUUAUUUAACGGGACUCAUUAUUUUAACCCACACACGAGGAAAAUAGUCCAAAUUCAAUUGUUCAUUUUUAUUAGAUGUUAUCUUCUUUGUAUGUUAUUUUCUCUGUGAGACUAAACCCACAGAUUGGUUCGGUCCAUCAGAUUUCUGUCUCCUCAUGUGAAGGAAAAGAAAAUGUGCGGUUGUGAAUUUUACUUUUUAGGUUAUGAGCCACUUUGUUUCACGUUAUUAAUGAAAUCUCAGAGCUUCACAUCGGCAGUGUUCAUGUACCCUGUUUGUUUUUGGUCUGAAUAUACAGUAUAUUGUGUUAUUUUGUUAAUAAUAAUUUGCACUGAAAAUAUUGUAAAUAAAAUAUUUCUUACUUUGAAAA